AAGGUACACAAGAAAGAAUGACGAAAAACACACACACGGUUCUACACAGAUAGGCGGUAUAAACAGUAGAGCGUGUGAAUACGGGAAAUCAUUAUUUAAAACGGGUUUUCGUCUAUAUACGGUUUGUUUUUUGGUUGGUUGAAAAUGGGGAAAGCGGAUUUCCUAAGUCCUAAGGCUAUUAGUAAUCGGAUUAAAGCGAAAGGCCUGCAAAAAUUGCGAUGGUACUGUCAAAUGUGUCAGAAACAGUGUCGAGAUGAGAAUGGGUUUAAAUGCCACUGCAUGUCAGAGUCUCACCAGAGGCAGUUACUCCUGGCCUCAGAGAAUCCCAGCCAGUUCAUGGACUACUUUUCAGAUGAGUUCAAGAGUGACUUUCUGGAGCUGCUAAGAAGACGUUUUGGAACAAAACGAGUUCACAAUAAUAUCAUCUAUAAUGAGUACAUCAGUAAUCGGGAACACGUUCACAUGAACUCCACUCAGUGGGAGACUCUGACAGAUUUCACUAAAUGGCUGGGGAGAGAAGGUUUGUGUAAAGUGGACGAGACGCCCAAAGGCUGGUACAUUCAGUACAUCGAUCGUGACCCGGAAACAAUCCGCAGACAGGAAGAGCUGGAGAAGAAGAAGAAGCAGGAUCUGGACGACGAAGAGCGCAGCGCCAAGUUUAUUGAAGAGCAAGUGCGACGAGGCCGAGAGGGCAAGGAGCCAGAGGAGGAACCUGUGUUUACUGAACUGAAGAGGGAGAAGGAGGAAGAGAAAGUUGCCUUCAACCUGGCUGGUAGCGCCGCUCCAGCUAAAGCAAGCACAUCUCUGGGUUCAAAUGCCCUUAAAAUAGCAGCAUCCGGUAAAAGAAAAGACACGUCUCAGGGUGCCGACUCCAAGGAGAAGAGAAAGAAAUCGGCACUCGAUGAGAUCAUGGAGAUGGAGGAGAAGAAGAAGAAAUCUGUGAGGUCAGACAAUUGGAUUCGGCCAGACAUAGUGGUCAAGGUCAUCACCAAGAGGCUGGGAGACAAGUAUUACAAGAAGAAAGCAGUCAUUCGGGAGGUGCAGGACAAAUACACAGCUAUAGUAAAGUUGAUCGACUCAGGAGACAAACUCAAACUGGACCAAAGCCACCUGGAGACAGUGAUCCCAGCACCGGGUAAGCGAGUUGUGAUUGUGAAUGGGCAGUAUCGGGGCAUGGAAGCCAUCUUAGAAGGCAUAGAUGAAAAGAAUUUCUCUGCUCAACUAACAAUAGACUCGGGUGCUAUGAAGGGGAAGAGAGUAGAGGGGAUCCCAUAUGAAGACUUCUCCAAGCAGGCGUGAUUUUUAAUUUUUUUUUUUUCCUCAACUCUCCAUCACAAUCAUUUUCCCUGCAUCCUCUACUGUGUCAGAGCAUUUAUCAGGGACACACACACACACAUCCUGCAGUUCUCUUUGCUGAACACAUGAACUACACCAUGUACUGAAACCAACUUGGAAAAAAACAGCCUUAAACAGCAAGUUUUAAUUUUCUUUGAUUUUUAAUAGGUAAUAUCAGGAUUGUCUGUAAUUAAAGAGUACUUGAUUGUAAGGACAGAAUGUAUCUGAAUGGAUUCGCAUUGAGAUUUAAACAGAGGAAGACUGGAUUGCAUGAACAUUGUACACUGAACAAUGUUAAAUUGUUUCUCAAUUAAUCUGUUGUAUGUAAAGCACCACCUUUCGUUGCCACCAAUUUUUCCAUGUGUUUCUUCUAUACAGUUCUCUUGUAAAAUGCAAUUUUAAAAUACACUUUCUUAUACAAUU